AGCCGUACACCAUUCAGGCAGAAUCUGGUUGGAGAGGAAAUCUGGUCCCAUGAUUAUCGAGCUUCCCCUGCUAGCCUGUAGGUGGGUGUGUUUAACAGAAGGAAGCAAUGGGAACCAGCCUGUCAGCCAGCCUUUAGAGCUAAUUAGCUCAGCCUACAACAAAGAUAAGUGAGCCUGGGAGGAGGGCCCCCUGAGGGGUCUUUAGAUUCUGGGAAAUGUCUGAUUGGCAGAUGUUAAAAGGGAUUCUUUGGUAAUCCUGUGCAUCAAUGAGCUGCACAAAUUCAGUCCAGGACUGCAAGAAUUCAGGCAUGAGGACACUGUGCAGCAGGCUCACACAGGCAGACCCAAGAUGGACAGAACCUUGGAAUCCCUGAGACACAUCAUUGCCCAAGUCUUGCCUCACAGAGACCCCGCUCUAGUCUUCAAAGACUUGAAUGUUGUGUCAAUGUUACAGGAAUUUUGGGAAAGUAAGCAGCAGCAGAGAGCUGCAUUCCCAAGUGAAGGCGUGGUGGUCUAUGAGUCACUGCCUUCUCCAGGACCUCCCUUUGUGAGUUAUGUGACCCUCCCAGGGGGAAGCUGUUUUGGCAACUUUCAGUGCUGCUUAAGUAGAGCUGAGGCCAGACGGGAUGCAGCGAAAGUGGCCCUAAUCAACUCCCUCUUCAAUGAGCUGCCCUCUCGAAGGAUCACUAAGGAAUUCAUUGUGGAAAGUGUGCAGGAAGCAGUCACCUCCACCAGUGGCACUUUGGAUGAUGCAGAUGACCCCAGCACCAGUAUUGGAGCCUACCACUACAUGUUGGAGUCAAACAUGGGGAAGACCAUGCUGGAGUUCCAGGAGCUGAUGACCAUUUUCCAACUAUUGCACUGGAAUGGAAGCUUAAAAGCCCUUCGUGAAACAAAGUGUUCCCGACAGGAAGUCAUCUCCUACUAUUCCCAGUAUUCCCUAGAUGAAAAGAUGCGCAGUCACAUGGCCCUGGACUGGAUCAUGAAGGAGAAGGAGUCGCCAGGAAUCCUCUCUCAAGAGCUACGGAUGGCCCUGAGGGAGUUGGAGGAAGCCAGGAAAGCGGGACAAGAACUGCGGUUUUACAAAGAAAAGAAAGAAAUCCUUAGUUUAGCCCUGACUCAGAUCUACAGUGAUCUUGACACCUCCUCACCCAGUGAUGAUCAGCUGAGCCUAACGGCCCUUUGUGGUUACCACUAGCAAGGCCAAGUCCCGGCUGCCCCGAGGUUGGCAGAGGCCAGACUAACAUUAGGAAGCUCAGUGAAGGAGGUCUAUCCCAGGCUUUAGCAGCUACAGCCACUACCUGGAGGCUGUACUAAUUCUUCCCAUCCAUUCCAUUCACAGAAUUUGAGAGUAGUAGGACCCUUACAGGACCCAAUAUCCCACUUGAUGCAAUUUUCCCAUUAUGCUUUCAAGAGUUCCGCCUCUUACUGAAAGGAUGGAGGAAAGAUUGUUGGAAAAAUAUUUUCCCGGCUUCAGCCUAAAGCCCUGUUAACAUGUGCCUUGCUAGAUUCUAUGUGUUGUUGUAAACAAUGGGCCAGUGUAGCAUCCCCCAAAAGAACAUCAGCCAGCAUUGGGGAAAAAGGAGCAUGAUAGCAAUUUUUAAAAAUACUUGGGAUUAAAUAAACAAUAUAUAAAAAAAUA